GGCUCCCGGCUGCUCCCGGCCGAGAGGCAGCGCGGAGGAGGAGGAGGAGCAUCCCCGGGGGAGCCCCUGCACCCAGCCCCCGUCCCCCUCCUCCGCCCAGAGGCGUGCUGCCCCCUCCCGUGCCGCCGGCCUCCUCCAGAUGUGCCGCGCAGGGAUGCGCUAGCGGCGCCGCAGCUGGCCGGGGCGCCCGAGGGCAGCAUCCCGGCCCCAUGCCGGCGGGGGGCAGCCCCGGGCUCCUGCCGCCGCGCCGCCGGCAGCCCAGGACGCCCCGCGGGUGCUGAAGCUGCGCCCCGGGCAUGGCCCUGUUCCUCUGAGCGCCCCCGGCCCGGGCUCGUGCUGCUGCGCCCCGGCUCGGCCCCGGGGCUGCGGCCGGAGCAUGGACGGGGAGGCGGCGAGAGCAGCGGAGGAGCCGGAGCCGGAGCCGGGCAGAUCCAAGACCUUCAUCCGCCUGAACGACCUGUCCGGGCAUGGGGGGCGCCCGGCGCCGGGGGACAAGGACGCGGGCAGCGGUGGCUCGGAGGCGGACGCGCUGCCCUACCCGGCUCUGGCGCCCGUCGUCUUCUUCUACCUGAGCCAGCACAGCCGGCCCCGGAGCUGGUGCCUCCGCAUGGUAUGUAACCCCUGGUUCGAAAGGCUCAGCAUGCUGGUGAUUCUCCUGAACUGUGUGACGCUGGGCAUGUUCCACCCCUGUGAAGAUACUGCCUGUGGCUCCCCACGCUGCAGGAUUCUCCAGAGCUUCGAUGACUUCAUCUUUGCCUUCUUUGCUGUGGAAAUGAUAGUCAAGAUGAUUGCACUAGGGAUCUUCGGGAAGAAGUGCUACUUGGGAGACACGUGGAACCGCCUGGAUUUUUUCAUUGUCAUAGCCGGCAUGCUGGAAUACUCCCUGGACUUGCAGAACGUUAGUUUCUCAGCUGUUCGGACAGUCCGAGUGCUGCGGCCACUGAGAGCCAUUAACAGAGUCCCCAGUAUGCGCAUCCUGGUGACCCUUCUCUUGGACACACUGCCCAUGCUGGGGAAUGUCCUCCUCCUCUGUUUCUUUGUCUUCUUUAUCUUUGGUAUCGUGGGAGUCCAGCUAUGGGCAGGGUUGCUCAGGAACCGCUGUUUCCUCCCGGAGAACUUCAGCAUCCCUUAUACAGUAGAGUUGGAAAGAUACUACCAGACAGAGAACGAGGACGAGAACCCCUUCAUCUGCUCCCAGCCGCGGGAGAAUGGCAUGCGCUACUGCCGCAACAUCCCAACGCGGAGAGAAGAAGGUCUAGAGUGCACCCUAGACUAUUACUCCUAUAAUGAUACCACUAAUACCUCCUGUGUCAACUGGAACCAGUAUUAUACCAACUGUUCAGCUGGGGAGCACAACCCCUUCAAAGGAGCAAUCAACUUUGAUAACAUUGGCUACGCAUGGAUUGCAAUAUUUCAGGUCAUCACGCUGGAGGGCUGGGUGGACAUCAUGUACUUCGUCAUGGAUGCACACUCCUUCUACAAUUUCAUCUACUUCAUCCUCCUGAUCAUUGUGGGGUCCUUCUUCAUGAUCAACCUCUGCUUAGUGGUCAUAGCAACCCAGUUCUCAGAAACCAAGCAGCGGGAGAGUCAGCUGAUGAAGGAGCAGCGGGUCCGUUACUUGUCCAAUGCCAGCACGCUGGCCAGUUUUUCCGAGCCAGGGAGCUGCUAUGAUGAACUUCUCAAAUAUUUGGUUUAUGUUACCCGGAAGGCCAGCAAACAGCUGGUUGAAGCUUAUAGAGCAGCAGGGUUGAAAAUGGGGCUCCUCUCCAGCCCUGGGAAUAAGAACGGGGCUGAUAGGCAGCCCUGCAAACAUCGUCAAAGGAAAAGAUCAUCUGUGCACCAUCUAAUUCACCAUCACCAUCACCACCACCAUCACUAUCACAUGGGCAAUGGGAACCUGCAGGCACCACGUGCCAGCCCUGAGAUCAGUGAUGUGGAAACCAGUUCCCUCCCCAAUAGUACCAACAGGCUAAUGCUUCCUCCCUCGACGCCUAAUCUCCAUGGUGCUUCCAGCAACACAGAAUCAGUCCACAGCAUCUACCAUGCCGAUUGCCACUUUGAGCCAAUCCGUUGCAGGUCAUCCCUCCCUCAGCCUGGCCUCAGCUUACCGAGCCCAGAGGGGGUCCCCAAGAGUAUGGUUGGCUGGAAAGUCUACCCCACCGUACACCCCAGUACCUCCCAUGAGAUGCUGAAGGAGAAAAGCUUAGGAGAACUGGCAGCUAACCCUGGGGCUGGCACGCUAACAAACCUCAACAUACCUCCUGGGCCAUACAGCACCAUGCACAAGCUCCUGGAGAACCAGAGCACCGGUGCCUGUCAGAGUUCUUGCAAGAUUACGAGCCAGUGUGGGAAACUGGACAGUGGUUCCUGCAACCCAGACAGCUGCCCCUACUGCAUCAAGACUCUGGCUAAUGACCCGGAGCUCGUGGACAACGAGGCGGCGGACUCGGACAGCGAGGGAGUGUAUGAAUUCACCCAGGACGCCCACUACAGUGACCGGCGGGACCCUCAGCGAGGGGAAAUCAGGGGCAAGAAAAUGAGCCGGUUCUUGGUGUUCUGGAACAUAGUGUGCGAAACGUUCAGGAAGAUUGUGGACAGCAAGUACUUUGGGCGCGGGAUCAUGAUCGCCAUCCUGAUCAACACCCUCAGCAUGGGGAUUGAGUACCACGAGCAGCCUGAGGAGCUCACCAAUGCCCUGGAGAUCAGCAAUAUAGUCUUCACAAGUCUCUUUGCUCUGGAGAUGCUCCUGAAGGUCCUUGUGUACGGUCCUUUUGGCUACAUCAAAAAUCCAUACAACAUCUUUGAUGGGAUCAUUGUAGUGAUCAGUGUCUGGGAGAUCGUGGGCCAGCAAGGCGGGGGCCUGUCGGUUCUACGGACCUUCCGUCUCAUGCGAGUCCUAAAACUGGUCCGGUUCAUGCCUGCCCUCCAGCGCCAGCUCGUGGUCCUCAUGAAGACCAUGGACAAUGUGGCCACCUUCUGCAUGUUACUGAUGCUCUUCAUCUUCAUCUUUAGUAUUCUAGGGAUGCAUCUCUUCGGCUGUAAGUUUGCUUCUGAGAGAGACGGGGACACCCUUCCUGAUAGGAAAAACUUUGACUCCUUGCUCUGGGCCAUCGUCACUGUUUUCCAGAUCCUGACGCAGGAAGACUGGAACAAGGUUCUCUACAACGGCAUGGCUUCCACCUCUUCCUGGGCUGCUCUCUACUUCAUCGCCCUCAUGACAUUUGGGAAUUAUGUUCUCUUUAACCUCCUGGUGGCCAUCCUGGUGGAGGGUUUCCAGACUGAGGAAAUCACCAAGCGAGAAGAAGCGAGUGGGCAGUUAAGCUGUAUUCAGCUGCCUGUCGACUCGUCGGUGGGAGAUGCGUCUAAGUCUGAUUCUGAGGGGGAUGUUUUCCCCCCAAGCCUGGAAGAAGAGGGUGGACUUAAGAAACACUUGUCAAACCCAGCCUUGAUGGCCUUGAGUGACCACCCCGACCUGAAGAAAAGUCUGACUCCACCCCUCAUCAUACACACAGCUGCCACCCCAAUGCCAAUGCCAAAGAGUGCCAUGUUUGGAGAUGCAGCUCAAGGCUAUGAGUCUCGCCGGGCCAGCAGCGUCUCCAUGGAUCCCAGUGCCCACGAAUUCAAAUCUCCAUCCAGCAUACGGAGCUCUCCUCACAGCCCUUGGAGUGCAGCCAGCAGCUGGAAUAGUCGCCGGUCAAGUUGGAACAGCAUUGGGCGAGCUCCCAGCCUAAAGCGCCGGGGCCAGAGUGGGGAACGCAAGUCGCUGCUAUCUGGAGAUGGGAAGGAGAGUUCAGAGGAUGGGGAAAGCUCUGACGAGGAGCAGUCCAGCCGGGCUGGGAGCAUCAAUGGCUCUUUACCUCACCGCAUGGAAUCACUGGAAGCAAAAGGCUCAUUUGACCUCCAGGACACCUUGCAGGUGCCUUCCCUUUACCGAACCAGCAGCAUGUACAGCAGCCGAACCUCUGCAUCAGAGCAUCAAGACUGCAAUGGGAAAACUUCUGCAGGGGCCCUGUUACAUCAGUUCCAUUUGGAUGAUCCCAGACAAGACUGUGAUGACUGUGAUGACGAAGGCAACAUGAGCAAACGAGACCGUGCGAAGGCUUGGAUACAGGCCCGUCUGCCCACCUGGUGCAAAGAGAGAGAUUCUUGGUCUAUCUACAUCUUCGCUCCUCACUCUAAAUUCCGUCUGAUGUGCAAUAAAAUCAUCACUCACAAGAUGUUUGAUCAUGUCGUCUUGGUUAUCAUUUUCCUGAACUGCAUCACCAUUGCUAUGGAACGGCCAAAAAUUGAGCCCCACAGUGCUGAACGCAUUUUCCUAACACUCUCCAACUACAUCUUCACAGUAAUCUUCCUGGCUGAGAUGACAGUUAAGGUGGUGGCACUAGGUUUGUGCUUUGGGGAGAAGGCUUACUUGAAAAGCAGCUGGAAUGUGCUCGACGGGGUGCUCGUUCUCAUCUCGGUCAUUGACAUCUUGGUUUCAAUGGUAUCAGACAGCGGCACUAAAAUCCUCGGGAUGCUGAGGGUCUUGAGACUCCUGCGAACACUCAGGCCAUUAAGGGUCAUUAGUCGUGCGCAAGGACUGAAGCUCGUGGUGGAAACUCUGAUGUCGUCCCUUAAACCCAUUGGGAACAUUGUGGUCAUCUGCUGUGCCUUCUUCAUCAUCUUUGGGAUCUUAGGAGUCCAGCUUUUCAAAGGGAAGUUUUUUGUCUGCCAGGGGGAGGAUACCAGAAACAUUACAAACAAAUCGGACUGCGCAGAAGCCAGCUACAAAUGGGUCCGGCACAAGUAUAAUUUUGAUAAUCUCGGCCAGGCCCUGAUGUCUCUGUUUGUUCUGGCCUCCAAAGACGGGUGGGUGGACAUCAUGUAUGAUGGCCUAGAUGCUGUUGGAGUUGACCAACAGCCGGUCAUGAACUAUAACCCUUGGAUGCUUCUCUACUUCAUCUCCUUCCUGCUGAUUGUGGCUUUCUUCGUCCUCAAUAUGUUCGUGGGCGUCGUGGUGGAGAACUUUCACAAGUGUCGGCAGCAUCAGGAGGAGGAAGAAGCCAAGAGACGCGAGGAAAAGAGGCUUCGCCGGCUGGAGAAAAAGAGAAGGAAUCUAAUGCUGGAUGAUGUAAUAAUGGAGAGCUCAGCCAGUGCAGUGCAAGAAGCGCAGUGUAAACCCUACUAUUCCGAUUACUCUCGCUUCCGGCUCCUGAUCCACCAGAUGUGCACGAGCCAUUACCUGGACUUGUUCAUCACGGGUGUGAUUGGCCUCAACGUGAUCACCAUGGCUAUGGAGCACUACCAGCAGCCCAAGGUUCUUGAUGAAGCACUGAAGAUUUGCAAUUACAUCUUCACUGUCAUCUUUGUCUUGGAGUCGGUGUUCAAGCUGAUUGCCUUUGGGUUUCGCCGGUUCUUUCAAGACAGAUGGAACCAAUUAGACCUGGCAAUAGUGUUGCUGUCUAUCAUGGGUAUAACUUUGGAAGAGAUCGAGGUGAAUGCAUCGUUGCCCAUUAACCCCACUAUUAUCCGGAUCAUGAGGGUCCUAAGGAUUGCUCGAGUGUUGAAGUUGCUGAAGAUGGCUGUAGGGAUGAGAGCCCUGCUGGACACAGUCAUGCAAGCCCUGCCUCAGGUUGGCAACCUGGGUCUUCUCUUCAUGCUGCUGUUCUUCAUAUUUGCAGCUCUUGGAGUGGAGCUAUUUGGAGAUCUUGAAUGCAAUGAUACUCACCCCUGUGAGGGGCUUGGGCGGCAUGCAACAUUUAGAAACUUUGGGAUGGCCUUUUUGACUCUCUUCCGAGUGUCAACUGGAGACAACUGGAAUGGGAUAAUGAAGGACACGCUGCGAGACUGUGACCAGGAGUCUACCUGCUACAACACAGUCAUCUCACCCAUCUACUUCGUCUCCUUUGUGCUAACGGCCCAGUUUGUCCUGGUGAAUGUGGUGAUUGCAGUGCUCAUGAAGCACUUGGAGGAGAGCAACAAGGAAGCUAAGGAAGAAGCGGAGCUAGAAGCAGAGCUGGAGAUGGAGAUGAAGACGAUAGCUCCAGGCCAACACCCUUCCUCGGACCUCUUUGCGUGGACAGGCGGUAAUGGUGGAGAUAGGCCUGAGAGCCCCAAAGGAAGUACCAAUCCCAUGCAAAUCAAGGUGGAUUCUCAGCUCUCAUUAUUUUAUCCUAUGGAAAGGCACUUGUUUGAUACCCUAUCACUGCUGAUCCAGGAAUCUCUGGAAGGAGAGUUGAAGCUGAUGGACAACCUGUCAGGCUCUGUGUGCCAUCAUUAUGCCCUUCCAGCUCCUGAAUAUUACAACUCUGAGAAACAGACCAAUUUCCACUCCAAAAAUGACACUCUGACUCUGUCCCCCAGCAAGGACCUCCUGAGUGUGAGAAAGCCUUCCGUUGGCCGCACACAUUCAUUGCCAAAUGACAGCUAUAUGUUUCAACCUCCAUACUCUGGCCCCUGUGCUGGCACCCCGGGAGAGAGGAAGCCAUCCUAUCUCAAAUCUCAGUCAGGCUCAAAGACAUCUGUGCAGUCCCAGCCUGCAGACACCAGUUCUCUCCUGCAAAUCCCAAAAGUACAUUUUCACCGCAUACGACCUCAUGACAAUCUAGAUGGGGAAGGUAGACCCAAGACUCCCCGGCCUGCGCAUUCUCCUUCUGCAGAAAGAUUGCUUCGCAGACAGGAUUCAAACAUUACAGUACAAACUGAUAAUCCAGACCUAACACCAUGUUUUCAGAAUACCAUCCUUGCUUGGAUCCCCAGUAUUUACCUCUGGACGGCCAUCCCUUUUUAUAUCCUUUAUCUGAAACACUACAAGAGAGGAUACAUCGUACUCUCUGUGUUGAGCAGGCUCAAGACGUUUUUAGGCGUUCUGCUUUGGUGCGUCUGCUGGGCAGACUUGUUCUACUCUUUUCAUGAACUCCUGCAAAGCAGAACUCCACGCCCCGUCUAUUUUGUAACUCCCCUAAUUCUUGGCAUCACAAUGUUAGUAGCUGCGAUCCUCAUUCAGUACGAACGACUGCGUGGAGUACAGUCCUCUGGCAUACUCAUUGUGUUCUGGUUUCUAUCUAUCCUCUGUGCUCUGGGCCCUUUCCGAUCGAAAAUCAUGUCUGCAACGACACAGGGCCAGGUGAAAGACAGAUUUAGGUUUGUCACAUUUUACGUCUACUUCGUAUUGAUAAUCAUUGAGUUGAUCCUUUCAUGCUUUAAAGAAAGGCCUCCAUUUUUCUCCCCCGUUAAUACAGACCCGAAUCCAUGUCCAGAGUUGAAUUCAGGCUUUCUUUCAAGGUUAACAUUUUGGUGGUUUACAAGCAUGGCAAUUCUUGGUUACAAAAGGCCACUUAAAGAAAAAGACCUAUGGUCACUGAAUGAAGAUGACACCUCGAAAGUGGUCGUUGGACAGCUGCAAAAGGAGUGGGAUAAACAAAAAGCAGACUGCAACCAGAAAGAGGCCGUGGCAUAUGUGAAGAAAUCUAACCAUGUGCUGAACCAUGUUGGUGAUGGCCCCAAUGAAACAGAACCUUGGAUUGACAAUAAGAAACAGCAUAAACAGCCCUCCUUCCUCAAAGCAUUGCUACGGACCUUCGGGCCAUACUUCUUAGUUGGCUCUUUCUACAAGCUGAUCCAAGAUCUACUUGCUUUUGUCAACCCUCAGUUGUUAAGUGUGUUAAUUGCCUUCAUUAAGAAUAAAGAUGCUCCGUCCUGGUGGGGAUUUUUCAUUGCGACUCUGAUGUUCAUCUGUGCCAUGUUGCAGACACUAAUCCUUCACCAGCAUUUCCAGUACUGUUUUGUUACUGGGAUGAGGCUGAGAACAAGCAUCACUGGGAUGAUCUAUAGAAAGUCCUUAGUCAUCACCAACUCAGCAAAGCGCACCUCCACUGUGGGAGAAAUUGUCAACCUGAUGUCAGUGGAUGCCCAGCGGUUCAUGGAUCUGACGACUUUCCUGAACUUGUUGUGGUCUGCGCCACUUCAGAUCAUUCUAGCUUUUUACUUCCUCUGGCAGACCUUGGGGCCUUCAGUAUUGGCAGGAGUUGCAGUGAUGAUCUUGCUAAUCCCAUUCAAUGCUGCAAUUGCUAUAAAAACUAGAGCAUUCCAGGUGGAACAGAUGCAGCAUAAAGAUUCCCGCAUUAAGCUGAUGAAUGAGAUCCUGAGUGGCAUAAAGGUGCUGAAGCUGUAUGCUUGGGAACUAUCCUUUCAGGAGAAAGUGCUGGAGAUACGAAAGAAUGAGCUGAGUAUUCUGAAGAAAGCAGCCUAUCUAAAUGCUUUGUCCACUUUUGCGUGGGUCUCUGCACCAUUUCUGGUUGCACUGACCACGUUUGCAGUCUAUGUCUCUGUGGAUGAAAACAACGUCCUGGAUGCACAGAAAGCUUUUGUCUCCCUCUCCUUGUUCAAUAUCUUAAGGUUUCCACUCAACAUGCUUCCACAAGUCAUUAGCAACAUUGCACAGACAAGCGUGUCCCUAAAGAGAAUUCAGCACUUCCUGUGUCACGAUGAACUUGAUCCAAAUUGUGUGGAAACAAAAAAGAUAACUCCAGGCUAUGCCAUCACUGUAACAAAUGGGACUUUCAGCUGGGCAAAGGAGCUCGAGCCAGCUCUGAAAAAUGUUAAUUUGCUGGUCCCCAGUGGCUCUUUGAUUGCUGUUGUUGGCCACGUUGGCUGUGGGAAGUCAUCUCUUAUAUCUGCUGUCCUUGGUGAAAUGGAAAAGCUAGAAGGGGAAGUGGCAGUCAAGGGCUCUGUUGCUUAUGUGCCACAGCAAGCCUGGAUCCAGAAUGCAACCCUGAAGGACAAUAUUUUGUUUGGCCAACCUUCUAAUGAACACAAGUACCAAAAUGUUCUAGAGGCCUGUGCUUUAAAAACUGACCUUCAGGUGCUUCCAGGAGGUGAUCAAACUGAGAUAGGAGAAAAGGGCAUCAACCUCUCAGGGGGUCAGAGGCAGAGAGUUAGCCUUGCUCGUUCGGUGUUCAGCGAUGCUGAUGUCUACCUGUUAGACGAUCCUCUCUCGGCUGUGGAUUCCCACGUUGCAAAGCACAUCUUUGAUAAAGUUAUCGGACCAGAAGGAGCACUUAAAGAAAAGACCCGAAUUUUGGUGACCCAUGGCAUUAGCUUUCUACCUCAGGUGGACCAUAUAGUCGUCAUUGUAGAUGGCAGGAUCUCUGAAAUGGGAUCCUAUCAAGAGCUUUUGAAGCAAAACGGAGCUUUUGCAGAAUUCCUUCGAAAUUAUGCACCUGAUGAAGACACAGAAGAGGAUGAGCCAACAAUGCUAGAGGAAGAAGAAGUCUUGCUUGCUGAAGAUACACUCAGCAACCACACUGAUCUCACAGAUAAUGAGCCAGUGACAAAUGAAGUCCGCAAGCAGUUCCUAAGGCAAAUUAGCGUGAUAUCUUCAGAGGUGGGAGAACGUCCCAGUAAGAUGUCAACGAGAAGAAGAGUAUGUGAAAAUAAGCCAGUAGAGGCUCUGCCAACAAGAAAAAAAUCCUCAGACAAACUUAUUGAGGCGGAAACUGCUGAAACGGGAACCGUCAAGUUGACAGUAUUUUGGCAGUACAUGAAGGCCAUCAGUCCCAUAGUAUGUGUAAUUAUAUGUUUCCUGUAUUGCUGUCAAAAUGCUGCUGCGAUCGGGGCCAAUGUAUGGCUCAGCGACUGGACCAAUGAACCUGUGGUAAAUGGAACUCAGCAUAACACAAGCACGCGACUCGGUGUCUAUGCUGCCCUGGGCCUCUUGCAAGGCGUCCUAGUGCUCAUCUCUUCCUUCAGCCUGGCAAUGGGUGGCAUCAAUGCAGCCCGAAAGCUUCACACUGCACUGUUGGAGAACAAAUUUCACACCCCCCAGUCUUUCUUUGAUACCACGCCAACAGGUCGAAUCAUCAACCGCUUCUCUAAGGACAUAUAUGUGAUUGAUGAAGUGUUACCACCUACCAUCUUGAUGUUCCUACAAACUUUUUUCACCUCUUUGCAAACCAUGAUUGUCAUAGUAGCAAGCACUCCACUCUUCGCUGUGGUUAUUAUACCCCUAGCAAUUCUAUACUUCUUUGUCCAGCGGUUCUAUGUGGCCACCUCGCGUCAGCUAAAGCGCCUGGAGUCUGUCAGCAGAUCCCCCAUUUAUUCCCAUUUUUCGGAAACAGUCUCAGGGACCAGUGUCAUCCGAGCCUAUGGAAGAGAGAAAUCCUUCAUACACAUCAGCGACAUAAAAGUAGAUGAAAAUCAGAAAAGUUAUUAUCCCGGCAUUGUAUCGAACAGGUGGCUGGGUAUUCGAGUUGAAUUUGUAGGAAGUUGUGUUGUCUUCUUUGCUGCUCUCUUUGCCGUAUUGGGUAAAAACAGCCUGAAUGCUGGCCUCGUAGGACUUUCGGUAUCCUAUGCAUUACAGGUGACAAUGGCUCUGAAUUGGAUGGUACGGAUGGCUUCUGACCUUGAAAGCAACAUUGUAGCUGUCGAAAGAGUGAAAGAGUAUUCAGAAACUGAGACCGAGGCUCCCUGGAUAAUUGAAGACAAGAGGCCACCAGAAGACUGGCCGGCCAAAGGGGAGGUAGAGUUUGUUAACUACUCAGUGAGGUACAGGAAAGGCCUAGAUCUGGUACUGACGGACCUAAGCCUCAGGGUGAACGGUGGAGAAAAGAUAGGAAUUGUUGGAAGAACGGGAGCUGGGAAGUCUUCCAUGACCCUCUGUCUCUUCAGGAUCCUGGAAGCUGCAAAGGGAGACAUUAAAAUAGAUGGUGUGAGAAUUUCAGAGAUUGGUCUUCACGACCUACGAUCCAAGCUCACAAUUAUUCCCCAGGACCCAGUUCUUUUUUCUGGAACGCUGAGAAUGAAUCUGGAUCCAUUUAAUAGUUACUCAGAGGAAGAAAUAUGGACAGCUCUUGAACUGUCGCACUUGAAGAGGUUUGUCAGCAGUCAGCCGGCCAUGCUGGACUACGAAUGCUCAGAAGGGGGAGAGAACCUUAGCGUUGGUCAAAGACAGCUGGUCUGCUUGGCAAGAGCCCUCCUUCGCAAAACAAGAAUCUUAGUUCUGGAUGAAGCAACUGCAGCAAUUGACCUUGAGACAGAUGAUUUAAUUCAGAUGACAAUAAGGACUCAAUUUGAAGAUUGCACUGUACUAACAAUAGCACACAGACUGAACACAAUUAUGGAUUAUACAAGGGUCCUGGUUCUAGACAAAGGAACUAUAGCUGAAUUCGAUACACCAACAAGACUUAUAGCAUCAAGAAAUAUUUUCUACAGUAUGGCCAAAGAUGCUGGACUGGCAUAACAAAACUGUUUUUUAUACCACUUAAAGCAACCCAUGAGUUUACUGUAUUUUACAGAAUGGUCUUUGUAGCAGACUAAGCUUGUGAUAUAAAACAAUGUAUUUUAUACCCACAGUGACCAAACGUGAAUUUUAUAUUUUUUAAACUAUUUUCUAUAUAUAUAUAUAUAUAUAUAUAUAUGUAUAUGAAGAAUUUCAUUAAUGGCUUUUUUCCUCAAAGAAUGCCAAGUGUGCUGCCAGGAAAAUGUAUGUACAAGGUAACAUGUACUGUAUUCUGAUUUAUCAUUAGAAAUUAAAACUAAUGAUACAAAAUA